UUGCGUGUUUCUCUCAUUCACUUGACCAAAUUCAGACCACGCUCGCCUGCCAGCUAGCUAGCCAGUUAUCUUGUAUCAAAUUCUAAUUUCUCCUGCACUAAGUUUGUAUAAAUAUACUUAGAGCUAGCUUCUUCAAGAAAGAGAUUCAUAACUAAUUCAUCAAUGGACUCGUCAUGGGUGAACACUUCUCUUGAUCUCAACAUCAAUCCCUUCAAGCAUGUCAAUGAAAUCACUCAAGUUCAGAAAAUCAAGAAAUUCGAGGGAUAUUCUACUCGGGUUGAACAGAAAUUACAAGUUAAAAAUGAGGAUGGUGUUGGUGUUCUUGUUGAAGAGUUGACUCGGAUAAGUAGUGAGAACAAGAAGUUGACAGAAAUGCUUGGUGUUGUUUGCGAUAACUAUAUGGGUUUGCAAAAACAUUUAGCUGAUUUGGUGAGCAAGAAUUCUGCAAAAGAACUCGUUACACCAAUAUCAUCACGGAAGAGAAAGGCUGAGAGUGAAGAUUAUAGCAUCGUGAUUAAUGGAAUCAGUGGAGGAAAUGCAGAGAGCAGUUCUAUUGAUGAAGAGUCAAGUAAAAGGCCAAAGGAGAAUCUGAAAUCAAAGAUUUCAAGGACUUAUUUUAGGACUUGUGAAUCCGAUGCAAGCUUGGUUGUGAAGGAUGGAUAUCAAUGGAGAAAAUAUGGCCAAAAGGUCACCAGAGACAAUCCUUCCCCUAGGGCUUACUUCAAGUGCUCAUUUGCCCCAGGUUGCCCUGUCAAGAAGAAGGUCCAAAGAAGUGCUGAAGACCCUUCUAUUUUGGUAGCAACUUACGAAGGAGAGCACAACCACGCUAGCCAUUCUCAACAUGAACCAUCACUAGGCUCGAGCCACGGUUCUAAUUUUGGUCCAAUUCCCACACAAUCACCGAUCAGAAGUUCAGCUCCUACUGUGACCCUUGAUUUGAUCCAAAGUGGAAGGCAUGGAGAUAGGGCUACAAAGACUGUUCAAGAAAUGGAAGUGCCCGCACUUCAAAAAAUUUUGGUCCAACAAAUGGCGUCUUCUUUGACAAGAGAUCCGAAUUUUACAGCUGCACUAGCAGCUGCUAUCUCUGGGAGAUUCAACCAGAAUCGGAUUGAGAAAUGGUGAAAUUAAUAAAACAAAAUUAGAAUUUUAUGUAUCACUUUGAAUUUAUAUAUAUAUAUAUGAGUGAUCGAUCGAUGUACGUACAUAUAUCAUAUGAGUUUGAAACUUAUAAUUAAUGUGAAAAAAAAAUCGUAGAGUUUAUUUAAUUCUACUUUA